AUGAAACUGAAGGAGACGGAGUCAACACCGAUGCCAAAUACGGCAGAACAGGAAAACAACUCCAUAGAGUUCUCACCAAUAUGCAAUGGAGACGAGGCGACCAACACACCGGAGGCGAUAAAAGACGACUCACAAGCGCAGAGAACGUCUUUUUUCACCGAGAGGAUUGCUGCGAUGGUCGGAAUGAAGCCAAGAAAGAAGGAGGAGAUAAUGGCACCGACCGCGAAAAGCAAAACCAUUGGGACAGUUUCCACGAUAACGACGGAAACCAGGAAGGAUAAAGAGGAAGCCACGCAAGAGGCAACAGCUAUCCAAGAUAAACGAUCUGAUGGAACGAAAACAACUUCAGUAGAUCUGGGAGACUUAAUGAAAAAAUUUAAUGAUAUAGACAAAAAUUUGAAGUGCAGUGAGGAGGACCGCCAAGAGCUGAAGAAGGAAAUAAGACACAACAAAAACGAGAACCUGGAUAACUACUAUGUCCUAGCAAGGGCCACGGAAGAAAAGCUACAACAGAUGUCGGACAAGGUAGAGACUACCGACAAAGAGCGAGAGAAACAUAUCAAGAAGGUUAUGGAAGAAAAGAAGAAACGAUCCGCAACAGAAGAAACGGGAGUCUACACCGUUAUCCCGGAUUGCAACGAGCAUAGGGACAGUAGCGUCCAAGACUACUAUGAAGGUUGGAACCUCAAAUUCGACGAAUGCACGGGGAAUCGAAAGGCAGGAACAUGCAAGGUGGGAGCCAAUCACAAAGGUCGUCAUGGUACAAGCCUAGAGACAUGCAAUGGAGACGAGGCGACCAACACACCGGAGACGAUAAAAGACGACUCACAAGCGCAGAGAACGUCUUUUUUCACCGAGAGGAUUGCUGCGAUGGUCGGAAUGAAGCCAAGAAAGAACGAGGAGAUAAUGGCACCGACCGAGAAAAGCAAAACCAUUGGGACAGUUUCCACGAUAACGACGGAAACCAGGAAGGAUAAAGAGGAAGCCACGCAAGAGGCAACAGCUAUCCAAGACAAACGAUCUGAUGGAACGAAAACAACUUCAGUAGAUCUGGGAGACUUAAUGAAAAAAUUAAAUGAUAUAGACAAAAAUUUGAAGUGCAGUGAGGAGGACCGCCAAGAGCUGACGAAGGAAAUAAGACACAACAAAAUCGAAAACCUGGAUAACUACUAUGUCUUAGCAAGGGCCACGGAAGAAAAGCUACAACAGAUGUCGGACAAGGUAGAGACUACCGACAAAGAGCGAGAGAAACAUAUCAAGAAGAUUAUGGAAGAAAAGAAGAAACGGUAUGACACCGUGAACGAGAAGUUGUGGACUCUAGAGACCAGAAUGGAUACGAUGAGCAAGGAUCAAGCUGAAAGUUCUUGUGCCAUACAGUCCAAGCUGGAUGCAAUCUUGAGAAACUCCAUAGCACAAGAUAAAUUCGUGACUUUGUAG